AUGGAAAUAGUCUUUAUUUCGUUUGUCCUUUCUUUCAUUCGUCGUUUCGUUCUUCUUUCUUUCUUUCUUUUUUUCUUUUGUUCUUCAUUCAUUCUUUCCUUCCUUCUUUUCUUUCUUCUUCCCUUUCUUUCUUUCGUUCUUUCUUUCUUUCUUUCUUCCUUAUUUUCUUUCUUUCUGUUUUGUCUUCCUUUCUUUUUUGUCUUGCUUUCCUUCUUUCUUUCUUCCUUCCUUCCUUCCUUCCUUCCUUUCCUUCUUUCUCUCUUUCUUUCUUUGUUUCUUUGUUUCUUUUCUUUGUUUCUUUUCUUUGUUUCUUUCUUCCUUUCAUAUUCACUUCCUUCCAUCAUUCCUUUCUUCUUUCUUUCUUUCUUUCUUCCCCUCGUUCUUCUUUUCUGUCUUUCUUUCUUUCUUUCUUUCUUUCUAAAUUUCUGUCUUUCUUUCUUCCAUCUUUUUCUUCUUUCUUUCUUUCUUUCUAUUUUUCUUUCAUUUUGUAACACACCGUCUCUUUCUCCUGUCAAACAUACUUCUUCCUUACCUUAA